CAUUUGAAUUGGGCGAGGAUGGACGAGGGUUUGUGUGGGAGCGCCAUGGCCGCGGCGACGGCAUCCUUGUCCAUGGUCUCUGUCGCCGAGGCCGUGUCUCUAGCGCUCUCCGUGGCCGCCAGGCGAGAGCCAGUGGAGAUCGAGCUGCUCCAAGCGCUGGGACUCAUUCUCGCCGAGGAUUUGCAAGCAUCCGAUCCGCUGCCGCCAUAUCCAGCUUCCGUCAAGGAUGGCUAUGCUGUUGUGUCGUCGGAUGGUCCGGGUGAUUAUCCAGUGGUGGCCGAAGCACGAGCUGGCCUCGAUGCGGAGGGCAUCACCUUAGAAUCCGGGACUGUUGCGUACAUCACUACUGGAGGACCAGUGCCUCGCGGUGCUGACGCUGUUGUCCAGGUGGAGAAUACGUGCAUUGUUUCUGAUCCUCGCGAUGGAAAGAAGAAAAUCCGCGUCCUGUCCGGUGCUAGCCAAGGCCAAGAUAUACGCCCUGUGGGUUUUGAUGUUGCUAAAGGAGACAAAGUUCUAUCAGCCGGUGACAAGCUAGGUCCUGCGGAAAUAGGCUUGCUUGCAAGCGUUGGGACUACGAAGGUCAAGGUGUUUCCUCGUCCCACGGUUGCUAUACUGUCCACCGGAGACGAAUUAGUGGAUUAUUUCGAGAAAGAUUUGCAGAGAGGCCAGAUUCGGGAUUCAAACAGACCUAUGCUUAUUUCAGCUGUUCAAAAUCAUCAAUGUACCUGUAUAGACCUUGGAAUCGCUCGAGAUACUGAAGCAGCGAUAGAAGCAAAGCUUGUUGAAGCCAUUGCUCGGGGUGUCGAUGUUCUCAUAACAACAGGUGGUGUUUCAAUGGGGGACAGGGAUUUCGUGAAGCCGAAACUUGCUGAAAGGGGAACGGUCUAUUUCAACAAGGUCAAUAUGAAACCAGGAAAGCCACUGACGUUUGCAACAAUCGAUAUCACCUCAGCCCCAGGAAACAUCAAGAAAAUGCUUGUUUUCGGCUUGCCUGGAAACCCUGUCAGUGGCAUGGUGACUUUCGAUCUUAUUGCACUUCCAGUUUUGAGAUACAUGUCCGGACAGUCUGACGUUAUGCCUUGCAAAGUUCAAGCUAAAAUACGUGAGCCAAUCAAGCUUGAUGCAACGAGGCCAGAAUAUCAUCGCGCUAUUUUACAAUGGGAAGACAGUGAGAUUCAGUCGGGGUUCGUUGCAGCGAGCACAGGUCGACAGGCUAGCAGUCGCCUCUUAAGUAUGAAGUCUGCAAACGCGUUACUCGAGCUUCCGAAAGGGCAUGGAGUCCUAAGCGCUGGAUCUCUUGUUUCUGCAAUCAUAAUCAGGGAUAUCAAGAGCAAAACUCUGCCGCCUUCUUCGACAAAACCAGUGGAAACCUCAGACGCGAGCAAGCCAGGCGUGAAAGUUGCUAUUUUAACCGUGAGCGACACCGUGUCCUCGGGAAACGGUCCUGAUCGAAGUGGACCAAGGGCCGUCCAGGUGAUCGAUUCACUCUCGAAAAGCCUGGGAGGAGCGAAAGUGGUAGCCACAGCCAUCGUACCAGAUAGCAUACCAAGAAUACAGCAAGUGCUCGAAGAUUGGAGUGACAAUCAACGCAUCGAUCUCAUACUAACCACCGGAGGAACUGGCUGUACACCAAAGGACGUAACCCCGGAGGCCACAAGGGCGGUACUGCAAAAGGAGGCGCCUGGUCUAGCCACCGUAAUGCUGCUCGAAAGCCUCAAGGUGACUCCAACAGCAAUGCUCUCGAGGGGCGUGGCUGGGAUCCGUGGCUCCACUCUGAUAAUAAACAUGCCUGGAAAUCCCAACGCAGUGGCGGAAUGCAUGCAAGCAUUGCUGCCGGCGCUGCCGCAUGCGUUGAGGCAGGUUCGCGGUGACAAGAGAGAGAAGCACCCUCGCCAUUCUCCUCAUCACCAAGACACAGCUUUAGAUCCUAAAGAUGUCUGGACAAGGAGCUUCGUUGCUGCACAAGGCGGAGAAAUGGGAUGCUCGUGUUCCCAUUGAGUUUCUACGCAAGAAUCAAGAGCAUCUUUGCAAAGUUUGCUUGCUUUGGUUUGAUCAAAAUAAAACCAUACCACGCUGGUUUAUGCUUGCGCUCUGCCAAA